AGCUGUCAGAGUUGGUGUGCUACUCGGUGGUCUAGGGAAGUCGUUUGGCUUCACUUUUCCUGCCUCUAGAGUGGUUCCCUCCUCGCGGGUGGGAGUGCAGGGACGGAGGUGCAAGAUGAGCACCAUGUUCGCCGACACACUGCUCAUCGUUUUUAUCUCUGUGUGUACGGCUCUUCUCGCUGAGGGCAUAACUUGGGUCCUGGUUUACAGGACAGACAAAUACAAGAGACUGAAGGCAGAAGUGGAAAAGCAGAGUAAAAAAUUGGAAAAGAAGAAGGAAACGAUAACAGAGUCAGCUGGUCGGCAGCAGAAAAAGAAAAUAGAGAGGCAAGAAGAGAAACUGAAAAAUAACAACAGAGAUCUAUCAAUGGUUCGAAUGAAAUCCAUGUUUGCAAUUGGCUUUUGUUUUACUGCCCUAAUGGGAAUGUUCAAUUCCAUAUUUGAUGGUAGAGUGGUGGCAAAGCUUCCCUUCACCCCCCUUUCCUACAUCCAGGGGCUGUCUCAUCGAAACCUGCUGGGAGAUGACACCACAGACUGUUCCUUCAUCUUCCUGUACAUUCUCUGUACCAUGUCGAUUCGGCAGAACAUCCAGAAGAUUCUUGGCCUUGCCCCUUCGCGAGCUGCCACCAAGCAGGCAGGUGGAUUUCUUGGCCCUCCACCUCCUUCUGGGAAGUUCUCCUGAAAUCAAGCAGAACCACUUAUCUCCUUUCAUUCUUGUUAGAUACUCACAUCAGGCUGGCAACUGUUUUGUAACCAGAGCCACAGGCAGCCUUAGCACUCAGGCCACUUUCUAGCUUUGAGUUAUUUCUAGCUUUUUGCAUAUGAUUAGAUUUAGAAUGGCACCCAACAAACAUGGCUGUGCUUUUGGUCACAGGUAAUUUUUUUUUUUUUAAUGAGCAUGUUGAUUAGGUAACUUUAGGUGAUGUUUGUGUAAUGAAGAACAAAUGGCACCUUUCUUGUUCUGCUCACACAAAUAUUUUCUGUGGGACUGAUCCACAAGACUGUGCUGUGUGCCAGCUACCAGGGAAGCUGGCUUUCCUUGAGCAUUUAGAGAGCUGGGGAAAAAUUUAGUUCUUUAGAUAGUUAAUUGGAGCUAUUUGUUGUAUUUGAUUUUUUUCAAGCCAAAUAUAUAACUAGAAGUUAAUAGAGGCCAAAUUUUUAACUACUUCAUCUAAAAAGAGAGAUCUGUUUUGUUUUACUUUGCCACAUGUUUUUAGCAAUCUGAAAAAAAAGGGUAGACAUUGGCCAGGAAGGUCUAAAAUAAAAAAAUUUAAUAGAC